AUGGUACAAACGCUUCCGGUUAACAUUAACAAAAAAUCAACUUCUGAAGGAUUAACAUCAGGAUAUUCUACUCAAUCCAAUUCACCUGAAGAUUCCAAGCUAAAAUAUCGGUUUAACAGAAGUGAUUUCGAUUCCUGCCUUUCUAUUGCGGCCAAGAUACGGCCUCUCGAUUCGGCGAGUUGCUCAGAUUUUAUUCCCGUGGUGACGCCAAACGAAUCAGAGCCACAUAAAAUAUGGUACAAUAAAUUAUUGGCAAUGCGGGAAGAAUAUAUUAACAAAGAACGAGGCGCUUUUCCGCCAUUUCCGCCACCCCCACUUCCUUCUGUAUUAAUAGCUGCAAGUAAAUCUUCCAGUACGAAUUCUUUUGAAGAAAUCAAGCGUGCAAAUAUUGAUGACCUCGAUCAAUUAUUAAACGAACAUUAUGAGAAGGAAUUGAAGAAUCGAUUUCAUCCGACUGAUUUUAAUCCUCUACCACCUCCUCAUGUAUUCCUCGAGAUGAUUAAAACGCUGGCUCCUCACGAGUACGUGGAUUUGACAUAUGCUUUAGCCGGCGCUGUUCUUCUGCAGCUUGGAUUGAAGCUUCCUAGUCACUACCCCCCAUUACCUCCAAAAAUGGAGCCAAUAGGGAAGCUUCAUAUCGAAAAGGCAUACGAAUCGAAUGUUUCGUCAGAAUCAUCUUCUGAUGGCGAAUAUUCUGAUGAUUCGGAGGAGACCAAGUUGUUGAUGAAAAAGAAAAAGGAAGCAAAUAUGAAAAGAGUUGUGUCGCAGCCUUUGUAA